UGAUGUACUCUUAUCCCCAUUUCUUUAAACCCACCUAUAACCCAUAUCCAUAUAUGUAAAUGGAUUACUAGACAAUAUAAUAUUAACUUUACCUUCAAUAUUAAAACUAAUACCCUCAAUUCAGACCAGCACCAUACCAAUAAACACAAUAACCUGUUUAACAACAAAAUAUUAUAACUAUUUCUGAUGAUGAAGAGAAAGUACCCAAUAAAGAAGUCAUUAAACCUACUCCUAAAGAAUAAAUUCAAAGUGUUUAAACUUUAAAACAUAUUACAAAAAUGCUGGACAUAGAUUAAUUGGAGGCUUCAGGCAAACUUUAUGAUUGUGAAAGUUCACCUCCUCCACCAUUACCUAAACGAAUUAUUUAAAAACCAAAAAAACUUAUACAAAAGCAAGAGAAAAAAAGAAAGAAUAAAAUUAAACGAUACCCUGUAAAAAGACCAAUUCGAUGCAUCAAAUAAGUUUAAAUAAGUAAAGACAGAUAAUAGCUUCUAUUCCCAUAAUCUAGUAUUAAAGUCCGAUUAAUUAAAGUUUAUGAGAGAAAUGAUGAUUAAUGUAAGUAGCAUACUAUAAUUAAUUAUAGUUUUGAAACUCUAUGAAAAAUUAAAACUUAAUUUUCCAUAAGCAAAUGAUGAAGAUGUUGUCAUAUUACUCAAUAUUUGUAAUAAAGAUUAUUUUAAAGCUGAGUCCCUUAUACAAGAAAGUGGAUGCUUCAUCUCAUACUACCUUAAUUGUAAUAUCUUAAUCUUAUAUAUAUAUAGCAUAAAAGGAUCAACAAAUUGAUGAAACUACUUAAAGAAAAUGA